AGUUUACUGUUGACCAGCAUCUAGUCGAGGCUGGAGAUUAAUUCCACCAAAAACACAAGUUGAUUUCACUAAAAUUACAAUUUGUUUUUGUCAUUCAACUCUUAAUUUUGGUUUUGUAAAAUACGUCAUCAUGACGUCGGAAUCGUACGCAAUGAUGACUGUGCCAUACGAAUGGAUUCUGGAGAAUGUCGGAGAAGAACCGAUGACGAUCGCGUCGAAAAUGAUUUCGUUUCGAGGCGAAAAAGUAUUCCGUGUGGGUUUGAAGAAUCACGCGGUAGAUCCCGUUUUGUUUUUCGUGGUAUUUGAUCUCAACAAAAUCGGAAUGGAAGUAUUAGACGUAACGUACGGAAUACAAGGUGAUGGUACUGGUCCAGCAAAGAUGAAGAAAAUGAAGAACGAGGAAAUCAGCGAUAACGACAUGUAUAAUCUAGACUUAUUCAAAACUGUACUAGACAAGAAAAUUGUUGGAAACUGCACGAUUGCGUUUCGAAUCGUCAUUUCAGGAAAUUAUCCCGAUAAAUAUUUUUAUCUACUGUCUGAUCGUCUUGCCAAGGAUCAAUUAUGGGCUGCUUUAAAAAAUCAACAGCAUCUGGCAGACGUUGAAUUAAUCGUGAAAGACAAGACAUUUCCUGCACACAAAGCCAUUCUUGCUGCCCGCCGAGCGUUUGCAGUCGAAUUUGAGAAUGAAUUCGAGAAGGUCCUACAGCCGGUAAAAAACGUUCCUCAUCAGAUCCGGAUCGAUGGAGUGGAUCCUUCAACUGUCGAGAAAUUUCUUCACUUUAUCUACACGGGCGAGACAAUGGGAACAUUGGCAGAUGAAAAGUUGCAGGAAUUAACUAGAGAGUACGGCCGUAGUGACGAAGACUUUACACUGGCUUUCAUGUGUCAUGUUGCUCUGAGUGAAACUAGAGCAACGGAUUUGACGAAAUUCAUGGAAUGUUUAAAUGAUGGAGUUGGAGUACUUUCUUCUUCCCUAAUCAUGCCGGAAAAAGACACGGAAAUAUCUUUUGAACGGACGCCUACUUUUCGAUGCACUAUGUGGUUUGACAGGAUAACGUAUAGUGACUACCACGAAUCCAAUAUGGGAGAACGAAAAUGUAUAAUGGAGUAUCAAAAGGAACAAUUGUUUUUCGCUUACAUCACUGCUGGGCAUUUCGGUGAACACCGUAUCACUAAAGCUGUCAUUCAUGUUACAUGUGCCAAGCAUAAAAGAUUCGGCUUGAAAAUUGAAGAUGUUUAUUGCAGCCUGCAGGAACCCAAUCAAUGGUACAAAAUGGAACCGAAGAAAUCAGAAAACUCAGAAUUACUCCAACACUUCACCGUCCAAUUUGAAACAUUGGAGUUUAGUUAUCAACGUAAUUUUGAAAUUAUCUUCGACAUCAAAACGGUCUGUACGAUCGAAAAUUAUCAUUACGAGUUGAUGGACGAAAAUUGGUGUAAGGAUUUAUGGGCUGCCGCGAUAAACAAGAAGUUGACGGAUGUUGAAAUAUUUGUCGGAACUUUUAAAUUAAUGGAAGCCCACCGAGUUAUUUUAUGCGCCCGGAGCCCUGUCCUGAAUUCUUCUCUGAUCAGCAACGCAGAGAAAUCAAUCGUCACAUUCGGGGUGGAAUUCGACAAAGAUGUUUUGCAUUACUUUUUAAAAUUCCUUUACACCGGUCGUUUAAAAGUGUGUCCCAAAGUUAUGCAGAUGAGUCAAUUGGCCGCAAUGUACGAAGUGGAGACGUUGAAAAAUAUUUGUCAGCUACUCAGUGCCAGCCCACCGGAUGCAGAACAAGUUACCAACUAUCUCCUAGAGCUGUAAUUGCCGGUUGAGUCACCGUAAUUCUUUGAUUGAAUAUUCCACACUAGAUGUGUAUCCAUGUCAUUUAAAUACAGACAUUUUUGGAAAACA